UGGGGAAUGGGGCCGGGUUAGUCGGUUCAAAAUUAUUCCGCGGGGCUGGAAUUUUUCCCAACGAGUUUGACAUUUGGCCACUUCAUCUCCACUUUCAGUUUCUCCGGUGUCUGUUGGUUUUCGAUUGCUUUGGUGUUAACAUGGCUCUUCUCUACGCUCCUGGAGAUUUCCAAGCUCCGUAUCACAAUGAUCUAUACCAUCAUCAACGACCAUGGAAGCAGCCGUUUGAAAGCAGUCCUUCAUUUACACCAUCGUUCAAAGAACCCUUCGGCGCUCAAACUCCUGCCCAAAACCGUCAAGGGUUGAUUCAAGUCAUUGCUCCAAUUGGUUUGUUGAUUACUUUGGCCGUGACCAUUCUUGUGGGCUUGUACAGCAACUUUGUGAACGAGCAGAAUAAUAACAGAUUUCUGGAAGCAGAAGCUCAGUCCAACAAUGCAAUCCCACCAGUCAUAACAACAGGCUUGGUUAUGCCGACAGGCCCUCAAUUAACGAGGUUGGACUUGCAAGCUGUUCCUCUCAAUGAACUGACAAUCUUGGAAGGGUUGGAAGUAACCAUAGAACCAGUCGCUCGUCAAACGUCCACGACAAUAAUGGGCGAAACGGAUGCGGAAGGAAAAUAUGCUGCUGCGGUACAAGUUGGUGUUCCUAUUACGGUGACUUUGAGUGGGCAAGGAUUGAUUACCAUCGAAAAAACGAUCGUUCCCUUAGCCCAGAAUCCACCUGUUAUAAUGCUGGCUUCUAAACCCUUGGAAGAGGGAGAGGUGGUUGCAAUGCUCACGUGGACAGAUGCUAUCCUAGACUUCGAUAUCGCUGCCAUAACCUCUGAGUGUUGUUUGCUGAACUUUGCCGAAACCUCUUGCUUAAGCCCCUCAUUGAGGCAGCCCAGGUCGUCUACCAUAGCUGCUGAAUUAACUCAAGACACCAUUUUGGAUAUUGGAGUAGAAAUCCUGACCUUUUCUGGCGUUACUGCAGCAGACACCCUUACGAUCUUCGCUAACAACAACCAGGAAGACCCUGAAAUAGGAUCCAGUGGUGCCAUUGUAACCGUACUUAUCGGUGACAAAGCCGUUUCCACCAAUAUUCCAACAAGUGAUCCAAAUCCAGUGAGCUUGUUUUGGAUUGCGGGUGAGAUCCAGAUGAUGCACUUUGUUCCUACGGUCAGUGAAUCGCUCAAGACCAUCGACUUUGGAACCUGUCAAACAAUUAUCGAUCAAAAUUUUGGUGGUAUCUAAAGACAUGUUGUUUGGGAGCUAAGAUUCGAAUGGAUCUAUUGUCCAAUUAUUUCACCGUAUCGGUCCAAAAUCUAUUGUCAAGCCUUGGUUGAAAACGUGCCUUUGGCAAGUCCAUAUCAAAUUUUUAUAGGCCAUUAUCAAUCCAUUAUCUACAGUAGUUGUGAGUCUGAUGUUUAGCAAUACAACUGAAA